AUGGGGUAUAAAAGUACAAAAGAUGCUUUUGAAAAUGCUGCUGAAAAUGGAAAUCUUGAAGUAAUUAAACAUUUACAUAAAUUAGGGUAUAAAGGAAAAGGACUGGCACUUGAUUGUGGAUAUGAAUCAGGGUAUAAAGUUACAGAAUUAGCAAUUGAUAGCGCUGCAGAAAAUGGUCACCUUGAAAUGUUAAAAUAUUUACAUGAAUCAGGGUAUAGAGGAACAGAAUUAGCAAUUGAUAACGCUGCAGAAAAUGGACAUCUUAAAAUAUUAAAAUAUCUUCAUAAAAACGGGUAUAAAGGAGCAGAAGAUGCAAUUGAUAAUGCUGCAAGGAAUGGACAUCUUAAAGUAUUAAAAUAUCUUCAUAAAAACGGGUAUAAAGGAACAGUACAUGCAUUUAAUUGUGCAGUAAAUAACCAGAUAAGCGAAGCAUCAGAUAGUAACCUUGAAAUUAUUAAAUAUUUACAUAAAUUAGGGUAUAAAGCAAUUAUUCGCGCUAUAGAAAAUGGUAACCUUGAACAAGUAAAAUAUUUGCAUAAAUUAAAGUAUUAUUAUGAAGAAUUAGCAAUUAAUUAUGCUACUGAAAAUUAUGACUUUGAAUUAGAGCAACAAUUAUAUAAAUUUAAGUAUAAAUAUGAAAAAUGUGCAAUUAGUUCUGCUGCUAUAAACGGGUAUGAAUGUUAUGAUUGGACAAUUGAUUGUGUUGCUAAAAAUGGUCACCUUGAAAUAUUAAAAUAUUUACAUGAAUUAGGAUAUAAAGGGUAUAAAGGAAUAAAAGAUGCAAUAGAUAAAGCUGCUGAAAAUGGUCACAUUGAAAUGUUAAAAUAUUUACAUGAAUUAGGGUAUAAAGGAACAAAAGAUGCAAUAGAUAAAGCUGCUGAAAAUGGUCACCUUGAAAUGUUAAAAUAUUUACAUUCUAUUGGAUAUAAAUAA